UUAUGAGUAAUAAUUUGUUCAACGUUCUCAACUUCUCCGACACAGAAGAAGCUCCAGAAUAACCACAAAAAAAGAAUAAAAAAAACAACAAUAAAGAGUAGGUCAUCCCUGUUGAAUAAGUAGUAAAAGAAAAUACUCAACACCACAAUCCAGCUCCUAAGACUAAGGGAGUCACUUCUGAGCCACAUCCAAAAGACAGACAAUCUGGUACUGGAAGAGGCAAAGAAUAACGUAAAGAAGGUGGUGGCAGAAAUAAUUGGGGCAAUUACAAAGAUGACUUGAAGGAAGAAAAAUAUGUGGCAAAAGAAAGAAAAUCAGAUGAUGCACCUUAAGAAGGAAAAACUGAGUAGACAAAUCAACCAGUUUAACCAGUUUAACCACCAGCCCCAGAAAAGACUCUUGCUGAUUAUUACUAAUAAAGAGGCGCUGUAUUAAUUUAUAUAUUAUCUUCAGAAUGUUGAUGAAAUAUUAAAAUAAGUUGAAGUCAAAUAAUAGGCUCCAAAGAAAAUUGAUGAAGAAGCUUUGAAGAAGGAAAAACUUUUUGUUGUUAAAACUAGAGAAGAUGAAAAAAGAGAACAAGAAUAAAAGUAAAAAAAAACAAGAUAAUAAUAAUAAACAUACAGAACUGAAUUGAAUACUUAAGCUGCUGAGUAUUUGGGAUUUACUAGUCAACCUUAAGAAAAGAAUGAAAGAAGAGGUGAAAGAAGAUAAUAUGAAUAACCAUAAUAAUAAUAAUAAUAAUAAUAAUAAGAGGGUGAAGAAUAAGGAGGAAGAGGUGAAAGAAGAGGAGAAAGAUAAGAUGAAUAAUAAGAAUAAGGACAAUAAAAAGGAGAAAGAUAAGAUAGAGGAGAAAAAUAAUAUAGAGGAGAUAGAUUAUAUAAGGGAGAUAGAUAAUAUAAGGGUGAUAGACAAGAAAGAGGAAAUAGAUAAGAAAGAGGAGAUAGAUAAGAAAGAGGAGAUAGAUAAGAAAGAGGAGAUAGAUAAGAAAGAGGAGACAAAUAAGAAGGAGGAGAUAGAUAAGAUAGAGGAGAUAGAUAAUACAAAGGAGACAGAUAAAAUAGAGAUAAUAAUACUAGAGAUUAAGAAAGGGGAGAUAAGGCUAGAAGAGGUGGUGAUAGAUAAGAAAAGAAGCCAUAAUAAAGAUAAUAAGUAAUUUCAUAUAUUAAUUGAGUAGGAACAAGGAAUUCAAUUGGAUGAGAAGGAUUUCCCAGCUCUAUGAAUGU